CUAGAGGUCACACUUUUUCUUCACCGAGUCUUCAUUCGGCCACUUCCUGUUUCACCGGAGGUGAAUACGCGAACGGGGUGCUGCUUCCAGUACACACACGUGAGAAACAAUCCAAAACAGACAGCAGAUACAAGAUGGACAUUACAGAGGUCUCAACGAGUCAGGACGGCAAAGGAAAGAAGGGCAAGAAAGCGAAGAAGAAGAGCGCGGAGGUUGAUGGGGAAGGCAGCGCGGUGGAGGAGAAGAAGAUGGUGAAGAGCGAGCUGGCUGUUGCCUUUCCUCCCACCUUCAGCGUGUCAGAAAUCAAGAAUAAACAGCGAAGACACUUCAUGUUCAUGAAACUCAAGCAGGAGAAGAGAAAGCAAAAGAUGCAGCUGAGGAAAAAGAGAAGAAAAGAACGGGAAGCUUUAGGUGACAAGGCACCACCAAAGGAGGUCCCCAAAACAAUAGAAAACCAGAGGGUGUAUGACGAGACAACAGUCGACCCAGAGGAUGAGGAGAUUGCUUUUGACGAGGGAACUGAUGAAUUCUCCGCCUACUUCAACGGGCUGACAAAUCCUAAAGUGCUCAUCACAACAUCAGACAGACCCAGAGGGAGGACGGUGAGGUUUUGCGAGCAGCUGGCCACAGUCAUCCCAAAUGCCCACGUAUAUUACAGAAGAGGUUUGGCCCUGAAGAGGAUCAUACCGCAGUGCGUCGCCAGGAACUUUACCUAUCUCAUGGUCAUCAAUGAGGAUCGACAAGUGCCCAACGGCAUGGUUCUCUGUCACUUACCUAACGGGCCGACUGCACACUUCAAAGUUAGCAGUGUUCGACUACGCAAGGAGAUGAAGAGACGAGGCAAAAAUCCAACUGAACACUACCCGGAGGUGAUCCUCAACAAUUUCACCACUCGUUUGGGACACACCAUCGGCCGUCUGUUCGCAGCCCUUUUCCCACAGGAGCCACACUUCGUUGGCAGACAGGUCGCCACCUUCCACAACCAGCGAGACUUUAUCUUUUUCAGAUUUCACAGGUACAUCUUCAAGAAUGAGAAGAAAGUUGGUAUUCAGGAGCUGGGACCACGCUUCACCCUCAAACUCCGAUCUCUACAAAAAGGGACGUUCGACUCAAAGUAUGGAGAGUAUGAGUGGGUGAUGAAGCGUCAUGAGAUGGAAGCCUGCAGACGAAAGUUCCAGCUUUGAGAAAAUAAAAAUCUUCCUCCUGGUCAGAUGGGAAUGAUCUUGUCUGUUAUCCAAGAUACUUCAGCUGUUUGUGGACUUGCUCAAAUUGACUUUAUACCCUGACAACUGUUAAAUCUUCAACAACAGCUCAAAUUUCCCUUAAAAGUAUAAUUUCCAGCCUUUAUUUUAACAUGACCUCCUCAUGGACAUCAAAGGGCUGAGUCUAAUUGUUGGACCGUGAAAUGCCCGAGAAGACAUGCAGCAUCCUGAUUCUCUAUAAAUGCUGCCUGUGUUUUAAACGCUUUAAAAAUGUGACCUGCUCUGACCACAUAAAUGCAAACAUACACCUGGUCCAUCCUGGUUUGUGUGACUGAUAGACGGAGCUUAAGACGUGUGUAUAUUGUUAUUCUAAUAAAACAUUUACUGUUUAA